AAGGAUUUUGAACGUUGAAUACGAUUAAUCUCUAUAAAAUAAUUUUGGUAUUUAUCUUAACGUCUGAAUUUUAAAUCUGACUAAAGGUCAUCAUAUUCAAAGUUGACCGGACAUGUGUGCAUUGAACUAAAUGUUACUCGUCCGGAUGUAGUACAUUACAGUAAUUUAUUGUUUUUUUAAUAUUUAACAUUAUCUAGAUGGUCGUGAUAUUUAAGUGACGGCAAUUACGCUCUUCCAACCACCAUUCAAACGAUAUACGAUAUAAUGUGAAAUUGGAUUCAAGCCAGGACAAGAAGUUUCCUGUUAGAUAGAUGUUUUGUAUUCGGAUUUCAUUUUUAAAAGAAAAUUCUUCGGAGAGACACGUAUCAAUAUACGAAUGUCGACAAGACAAUUUUUCUUAUAAUUGGAAUUUAAAGGUCUUGCUUGUUAAAGGAAAUAUAACAUGAAUAGAAUCAAUAGAAACAGAGGAAUAUAGAAAAAUGAAUUACAGUUUUACUCAAAAUAGGACUAUAACAGUCAUGCCUUACAACAGCAAUCACAGUGAAAACUAUUCCAAUUUGGACACAACGGACUUGCUGCGUCGACUGAACGAUGGAAAAGUUGUUGUGUUGCUUCCGGUUAUUAUUCUAGUCUUUUUAAUGAUGAUAAUAGGAAUUAUUGGAAAUACUAUAGUUUGCAUUGUUUAUAUAUUCAAAAUCAAGCGAGCUCCGUCUCAUUAUUUCAUACUAUAUUUGGCUAUACUCGAUCUAGUGUCAUGUUCCAUUGGGAUGCCAUCGGAACUGGCCGAUCUGUUUCAACCAUUUGUGUUCCCAUCUGCAGCUGCAUGCAAAUUUUUGAGAUUUGUUUUAAGCUUUACGAUAAUCUCAUCUUGCAUCAUACUCAUUUGCGUAGCUUUUGACAGAUACUAUAAAGUGUGUAAGCCUUUAAAAAGUUUUCCAAUGGCUAAAGUUCAGAAACUAUGUCUAUUUUCAUUUUUCAUUGGAGCAGUUUUUUCGUGGCCAGCACUAGUUAUAUACGGUUUAAGAAAUGCCUUGACCUCUGUGCCAAAUUUGUAUGGACAAGAGUGUUCAACUUCAGACACAAUGAAAGGAAAGCCAUGGCCCCUUAUUUAUUACGGCACAUUAAUUGGAGCAUUUACUAUAACGUUUGCCAUUUUCGUGACGUUGUACGUGCUGAUAGGGCGUGAGAUUAACCGACGGCGGACUAUGUUUGUCGGCAGCAGAAUAAACAAUGAUAGAAUAAAAUCUUUAGUCAGCGAGGAAGAAUCUACAACAUUUUCUGAUGACGACAGUAAAUUUCACAAAAAUAAAGUACGUAAAUCUAGUAGUUUCAGUCAGUUAAAGGAACAUAUAGUAUACUACUUCCGGGCAGAGAGCGAACCAGGAAAAGGAGAUGAUAGUAACAACGUAUCAAGCAAUGGCGGUACAGUAAAGCGAAGACGGAAAUCUUCAAGGAGAUAUCUGAGAACUACAUAUAUAUUUUUGGCAGUUUUUAUAGCUUUUUUGGUUAGCUUUGUUCCAUAUCUUGUUGUAAAUAUUUUACGUUUUUCUAAAGUUGCAUUUGUAGACAUGAAUUCAGGACCCGAUGAAAUUAUUUACAAUUUGUGUGUAAGGUCUUAUUUUAUCAGCAAUUUUAUCAAUCCGAUCAUAUAUAGCCUGAUGAACAACACAUUUAGAAAAGAAAGUAAAAAACUAUUAAGAAAGUGUAGAUUGAAUUGAUGCAAUCUGAAUUUGUAGUUAUGGAAAAGUUUUGUCAUGAAAUGUACAAAAAGGUUAGCAUUUAGCAGUAUUUCUUUAUGGUGCUUUUAAACAAAAAUCUUUUCUUAAUAAAAUAAAAUUGUAAAAUAUA